CUUUAUGCUAUUUCCGAAACAAAAGGGACAUUUUGCAAAAUCCGUUACAAUAAAGGGGCUUAUGUUUAAUAACCAAGCCAGUUAAAACCCACCAGAUAAACUGUCACAGGGUCUAGAUAGAGGCUAUGUUAUCCCUGUAACAUAAACCCUUGUCGUCCCUCUCGCGCGCCCACACUCCGGCACCGCCAUGGCUUCCGUUUUGACGAAGAAGAUGAAGAAGGUGCAGAAGAGGAAGAGAGAGAAUCACAGCUUGUCGGAUCUAAAAAAGCUUGGGGAGGAUCUGCUGACGUCACGAGCACACGUCAACAACCUCCCCAUUCUGCUCACCUUCAUCAGCCCCAGCUCGCCUCCGCAGCACGCUCUCGAGUCGCUCCUCUCGUUGCAGUCUUUCUUCACUCCUCUCGUCCCACAGCUCCCCUCGUCGUCUUCCCAGGCGUAUUCGGACUCGGAGCCCGACCCGGAAUUGAUAUACCGCACGUGGCUGCGGUCCAAGUUCGAUGAUUUUGUUGGGCGGCUCAUUGAUGUUGUUGGCUCCUCGCAAUCGGAUGAUGCUCUUAGGGAAGUUGUGCUGGACACGAUAAUGGAGUUUGUGAAGGUUGGGAAUGCGGGGAAGUUUAAUUCAUCUAUUUAUCACAAGCUUCUCCGUGCUAUUGUUCACUCGGAAUUGAGCGUUGAUGACAUAUUAUUAGAUUUGCUUGCAACCAAGUAUUUCAAUUAUGUUGAUGUUCGUUAUUUCACAUACAUUAGUUUGGAAAAGCAGGCACGGACUUUGGAAGUUGAAGGAGACAGGAAUGAAAACCCAGAUGCUCAGAUUACCCAUUCAAGACCAAGCUUGGAGCUUUCCGUUCGGAAGAUACAUAAUUUACUAUCUCACAUCCCGCCACUAGAAGUUUCAGAAGAAAAUUUAGAAAUGUUGAAUGGUUCAGGCAUUUUCGUCGAGAAAAGAAAUAAUAAAGAAAAUGUCACCUUGAAAGAGAAGCAGGUCAAGUCUCAACAACCUAACGACAAGGUGUUAUCAUCUCGGGAUGUCUCAAAGAAAAUGAAGCAGAAGUUAAGUAAAGCAUGGAUAUCGUUCCUCAGAUUGCCCCUUCCUCUUGAUGUAUACAAGGAGGUUCUUGUUAAACUUCAUCAGUAUGUCAUUCCAUAUCUCCACAAUCCAAUAAUGCUGUGUGAUUUCUUGACUCAGUCAUAUGAUGUUGGUGGUGUGGUCAGUGUUAUGGCUCUUAGCAGCCUAUUUAUUCUCAUGACACAACAUGGCCUUGAAUAUCCCAACUUCUAUAAUAAACUCUAUGCGUUGUUGGAGCCGUCUAUCUUCAUGGCAAAACAUAGAGCAAAAUUUUUCGAGCUGCUCGACUCAUGCUUGAAAUCAUCGCUCCUUCCAGCUUAUCUGACUGCUGCCUUCUGCAAAAAGUUGAGCAGACUUGCGCUCUCUGUACCUCCAUCUGGAGCACUAGUCAUAAUUGCAUUGGUUCACAACCUUUUACAGAGACAUCCUUCAAUUAAUUGUUUGGUGCAUCGAGAAGGUAAUACGGAUUCUACUGAAGAAACUUCCAGUGAAGGAAAAAGCAGUUUCCAAGAUCUUGAAGAUGGCAGCACUAAUGGGGAGUUAAUAAAGGAGAAGUCAGGAAUUGACCACUUCAAAAAUGAAGAAACCGAUCCGAAAGAUACUAAUGCAAUGAGGAGCUCACUCUGGGAGAUUGACACGCUUCGCCAUCAUUACAGCCCUCCAGUUUCAAGAUUCGUUUUGUCCAUGGAGAAUGAUCUGGCAUUCAGGACUAAAACAGCUGAAGUUUCAGUCAAAGAUUUUAGUUUGGGUUCCUAUUCGACAAUUUUCAGUGAUGAGAUUAGAAGAAGGGUCAAACAAGUACCAUUGGCAUUCUAUAAAGCAACUCCAACACAUUUGUUCUCUGAAUCCGAUUUUCCGGGCUGGACAUUUAAUGAAGAUAUGUCUGCAAAACGACAGCGGAUAGCAAUUUGAAGCCAAUUUGUUUGUGCUACUUGGAAAAAAUUUUGGUUCCAUAGUUUUUCCUAAUUUUGUAUGAUGCCAAAUAUAUGUUCUUGGAUGGAGGUCUAUUUUCUUUUUUGGCUGAUAGAGACUUCUUGAAAUUGUGUUUGUACUUGUUCCUUUACGUACACGAGAUGUGAGUUAGAAUGAUAUAUUCCAUCAUCGGAGAUUUUUUUUUGUUCUUUCUUAGAUAUAACAGAGAAAAUCCUUGUGGGCUGUUAAGGAUCAAAAUAUCUAUAUGAAAAAUACUUUUUUAUUGUGGA